GUUUACAAUCAAAAUGAAGUCAGAAGAGAACAGGAUCUGCACACAAAUGGUUGUGUUUUGUAACGGAUUACGUUCUGUGUACAAUGACACUCUCUAGAAGGGAAUUAGUAAUUCUCAAUAUAACAAAAUGAUUUCAUUUUCACAAAAUUAAAUGCAGUGUUUAUUACAGGGAAAAAGAAAUGAGGAAAAUCACCUUGGAAGUUUUCACACUGCAACUUCCCCUAUCAAAUUUAUAUUCAUACAGGGAUAUUAAGCAGACGAAGAUGUAGAUAGUUGGGUGAUGAAGGAUAUAAGUCAAGUUAUGACCAAUUGUAGAAGCCACAUGAAACGAUCGAGAACGAUUGCUAUUAGUAGUUUUGGUGAUAUGUCUCCGUCAGAAUCUCUGCUGAACUGCAACCUCCCAGAGGUAGAGGAAGAAUCUCCAGUCUUAAAAUCCCGUGCCCCUGGGGCAUCUUGUCGAGCUCUACGACAUGCUGUCUCGUCGCUUACUAGACUAGAUGAUUUCAUUCAUGAAAAAAUAGGACAUGGAUUUUUUGCAGAAGUUUUCAAGGUAACUCACAAAGUUUCUGGUCAAGUAAUGGUGUUGAAGAUGAAUACGAACUCAGAAAAUCGUCCUAAUAUGUUACGUGAGGUACAACUAAUGAACAGACUAUCACAUCCUAACAUUCUAAGGUUUAUUGGUGUCUGUGUUCAUGAAGGACAACUCCAUGCAUUGACAGAAUAUAUUAAUGGUGGAAGUUUAGAUCAAGUGAUUGCUGAUAAAGAGUUUGAACUUCCAUGGACAGCCAAAUUAAAUCUGUCAUUAGAUAUAGCCAAAGGGAUGGAUUAUUUACAUUCAAGAGGCUGGUUCCACAGAGAUCUGACAUCUAAAAAUGUACUAGUGAGAAUUACAGAAGGCAAUUUACAAGCUGUAGUGGCAGACUUUGGAUUGGCAGCAAAAAUUCCAGAUCCACUAAACAAGACAGAGAGGUUGUCAAUAGUAGGUUCACCGUAUUGGAUGGCUCCAGAAGUCCUCAAUGGAGAAUGGUAUAAUGAACAGGCUGAUAUAUUUUCAUACAGUAUUAUAUCCUGUGAAAUAACAGCAAGAAUAGAUGCAGAUCCAGAUUUCAUGCCAAGAACAUCGAGAUUUGGAUUGGAUUAUGUCAAGUUUUGUGAGAUGGUAUCAUUCUGUCCUUUGGAUUAUCUCAGGUUAACCUUCAGAUGUUGUCAGAUUGAUCCAAAAAAGAGACCAAGUUUUACAGAGAUAGCUCACUCAUUAAUUCAGAUUCAACAGAGAUUAUUAGAUGAUAAUCUAAAUACUCCAGAAAAACUUCAUAUCAAAGAAAAUGCUUUAAGUGGUCACAAAAGAUCAAAAUCUGAGGACAAUAUAUUAAAUCUGAUCGAUGCAGUGGAGGAUUUCAGUGAACCUUUGACCCCUCAGGUAGUAGGAGAAGCAAUGAGUAAAGAUGAUCCAUUUUAUAUUCCUGCUGAUAGUAAUCCUUUUGCUGCCUUUCAACGAUAUGGUGGAAAAAUAUUAGGUACUCCACGUAAUAGAGACUCUAUGGGUUUUGAGCUUCCAUCUCCAUCAGAUGCCCUGACACCACCAUGUACCCCCAGAACCCCUGACAAUUUUGGUAAAAGACAAUAUACAUAUGAAAGGCGAAGUCAGUCUUUACCUUCCUCUCCAAUGCUUUUAAGAAAAGCAGCAGAACGUUUCCAUCAAGAAUCUCUGCAUGGAUCAGGGUCAAGGAAAAACUCAAAUACAAGAGUAUCAUUAUGUCCUCGAUCAAAGUCCACUAUAUUCCCAGAGGAAGUAGCUCAUAGACUGCAGAAUGAAAUCGAUGAAAAUUUAAACAAUGCAUUGACCAAGGAGGAUUGGUCAAAGUAUAGUAAAACAUGGGAUGUAAAAUCUUCUCGGAGGAAUAAUCGCAAAACUUGUCGAAAGUUAUAUGUGUGCAGACAGUUAAGUGAAGAUUCACAGACAAGUGUUAUUAGUUCUGCUGAUAAUGGUGUAGAUGAAAAUCGUUUUAAUUUUGAUUUGGGAACUUCCCAAAAAAGUUGCCUGAAUAAUCAGGGAACAUCUCAAGAGGAAGAAUUCGCCAAAAAGUUAAAUGUCUCAUAUCAGGAAUCUGUUUCAUCAUGUGUUGAUGACAAAUUGACAGGUACUAAAACUAAAUCAAAUGCAAGUAAAGAUGUAAAUGGAAAUAAUAAGUCAGAUAAAAGUAGCAGAGAUAAAUCUGAUUCACAGAGAAAUGGAAAGAAAAAAGAAACAGUUGUCAAAUUAAACAGACCAAUAAUGGAAACUAGAGUGUAACUUUAUAGUAUGAUGGUAUGUGUAGGAUCUGUAGUUUUCAAUGUUACUAGUGAUAUAAGAAAAAAUACUUAUAGCUAAAAAAUUUAGUGUUAUAGUGUAAUUUCAAUAAAAUAUUUUUAUUUUUUCAUAGUGAAACUAAACAUCAUAUCAGAAUUUAGGAAAACAGCUCUUCUAGCCAUUUCUUCAGGGAUAAGAUGGGGUAUAAAAUGAUUAAGUGCAAUUUUUGUAACAUUCCAAUAUCAGAUUGACUAAUUUGUUGAAAAAAGACAAUUGCUGAAUAAGUUAAUUGGUUUUAAGCAAGGAAGUGAAUUCUAUACUUUGUACAAAUGGAAGAAUCAUGUAUUCCCAUAGCAAUAUUAUUUUUUAGAAAAAUGUAAUUUCAUAAAAAAAAAACUGUUGGAUGACAUUUUUAAUUUUAAUAUCUAAAGAGAGGUUCAAACAGUCUUUUCUAACUUGAUAAUUUAAUAUGGACUUAAUUGAGCAUUUACUAUGGUUCCUCUUGUUUUAAAUACAUACUACAGUCUUAACCUCUGUUUCCAUGACAAUAGUUCCACCUGAUAUAUUAACCACUGUGAUAAUUUAUAAACCAUCGAAUAGAAUUACAUAUGUAUAUAUUUGUUGUUACUCAAGAGUUUGUAUAGAAUGGUACUUAAUUAUAUCUGUUACUCAAGGUUUACAGUUUUUAUAGAUUAUAAUGUUAUUUACAGAUGUAUAAUAUUAAUAAUAAUUAAAAGAUAUCUUUGCAGCAAAUAAUAAAUAUGUGAUACCAUCGUGAAAUUGCAAACUUCUUAAUAGUAGGCUAGGAGAAAAUAAAUAUAUAUCUGGGUUUUAUCAAAAUUUAGAAUGAGCACUACAGUGUAGUAGUUUCUUUAAACUCAAAACUUGUAAAUUAUACCUCUGUCAUUAGUACGGAAAAAAAUGUUUGAAUUUAGUUUUAGUGUCACUAAAACAAAGCAACACCCAUUUGAAUUUUAGGAUCGUGCUGAUAUAACAUGUACAUGUACUGUUGUUUAUAACUCCGUAAGAAAAGAUACUGAUAAAACAUGGGGCAAAAUGAAUUGAGUUGUCGCUCUUGUUCAAUGAGAAAUUAUACAUGGAAAUUUGUAUUACUUAUCAUUCAUCAUUGUACAACACAAUGCUGAUUUUAUAAACUAAGAUUCUGAAUAAUUCAAUAGACACCAAAAAAAAAAAAACCUAUAUUCUCUAAAAACAUUUUGGGGUUACAUCUAUGCAUGAUAUGAAAAAAAAAAGAUACAAAUAAAAUUUAGCAUACACUGUAUGUGAUAUCAUUUUGUGUUAAUGUUUACACCAAAUGCAGAAAUUCAUAACUAUUUUUCACUUUGAACUUGUAAUUGACAAUCAUCAUUUUACUAUCAUGCAUUAAACUUAAAGUUUCUCCGACCAUUUUUCACUACUUUAGAUCAGGCAAGACAUACAUAUUUUGCUAAGACUUGACUUGAUCAAUGAGCAUCCCAACAAUACCCAAAAAACAAAGACAUCUAGGGGUCAUCAUUCUGGUUUGUUUCAUAAACAUUCAAUGGUAUUCAGGCUUUUAUAUCAAAUGUUGUAGACAACUGUUUCUUUUAUUCAAAUAAAAAUGUCUAUGUCUUUCUUUAUGAUCAUAUAGUAAGUCCAAAAGUUACAUGCUUGGAACAUUUCAUGUUUCAAAAGAACUCAAAACUCAAUUUUUGGAGGUUUCAUGUUAGAUGAAAAAAGGAAAAUGCCAAUUGCUGUCAUUCUCUAUUCUUGAACAUGAAAUUUUAACCCAUGUUAUCUUUGAGAAGAUAUUAAACAGUCAACAAAAUCUUUCCAAGCUUUGAAAUAUUGCUACUAGAUACAGAAACUUAAACAUUUACUUUCAAUCUAUUUUUAUUGUUUAGUUGAUUAGUACCAGUAGCCAUUAAUAACGGCCUGUUAUUAGUAUUACUGGUUGCAAUAUAACUUCUACCUCUUACUCGUAGAGACAUGAAAUGUGCACUUAUUCUUGUUUUCAUUGGAAGGAAAGAUUUGAAUCCUUGUAAUUCUUACUUUUUUACCAUCCUGUAUAAUAUGUGUGUGAACAUAAAAACUUAUCAUACAAAUUUUACAUUUCUUUGUGAAAGUUGGAAAUUAUAGAUUCCUCUGUGUAUGUUAAAAAUCAUAGAAAUGUUUGUAACCAGCUUACUAAUAGACUGCUUUGUCAUGUUAACAUUUACAGUUAUCUAAGGUGCAAUAAUUUAUUUCAUAGUGCUCUCAGAAAAAUUCAUAUAACUAUAAUUAUACAGAUAUUUGCCAAAGCUGUUAAUGGAUUUUUAUUGUUAGUGAAUUUACUAUUUUUGCAGUAACAUAUUUAUAGAUGUUCUUGUCAAAUAGAAGAUUGUAGUUUUGAUUUUAUUGGAUAAAUACAAUGUAGACUCAAAUGACAAAGAAGUAGAUGAAUACUACCUGUGUAUCAGUUAUUACAUGUCAAUGCAUCACCUUAAUUAUGUCAAUUAAGGUAGAUGGGGUGUCUAAAUUAUAAUCCAUAGAUUUUUUUAAUAAUUUGCCAAAAUGUAGUUUAUAUCAUGCUUUUCAAAAAAAUUUAAUAAAAAGAAUGGGUCACGGGGCUUAUUUUCAGGCUACAGGUUGUUCAAAAUUGACAGAUUUUGUAUAGAUUAUGCAUGGAAAACCCAAUUUUCAGCCAUAAAACGAAAACUACACAAUAGAAUUUUGAGAUAAAAUAUGAGAAGAUAGCUUUAAUAGUAUGCUUUCAGAUAAGAAAAAGAAAAAAUGGGGUCACCGAACCCGUUUUCUUGCUAUACAUAAUAAAAUAGGUAAAUUCCUAACACAUUCUAUUAUAAAAGUACCUUUAUCUGAAUUAUCUGCCCUUACAUUUGCCUCCCCUUAUGUGGCAAAGUUGGAAAAAUUUGAAUCAAACAAAAGUUUUCUGUUUUUUGUAAAAUACAACCAUAAAUAUGAUAAAACAUGUCAUUUUCUAUAUUGAAAUGAAAAUUCUUACACAUGAAUUACCUACUACUCUCAAAAUUUACACAUUCUAUUAAAGAUCUAGACCGAUUGCUUUCUGGUAUUUUAAAAUCCAAGAUGGAGGAAGACACCCUAUCUACCUUAAUACAAGGAAAUUAAAAAUAUAUUAUAAAAAUUGUUUAAUCCAAACUUCAAAACUAACAUCAAUGAAAUUAUUAAUGAUAUUUUGUAUAUUAAGACAUAUAGCUAGCUAGAACAAGAGUUCCAAGUGCACUCAACUGACAAAAAGGGCAACGAGAGACAUUAACAGUUUGUAUCCAUCAUCAUAAUUAGUUCUGAUGUCAUAUGUUAACAGCUUCCUUCCAGAAAAUAAGGAACCUAAUAGCCUCAAAUCAUGGUAAAAUUGACAAUGGGGAUAAAAGUGCCAUGUGAAACUCUUUCCAAAGUGGUCAUGUUACUGAAAACCAGCUUAAAGUUAUAUAUUUGAUCCUUAAAGAAGUGCAUGCAACUUGAAACAUGUGUGAAGUGUAUUCAGUCUUGACCCUGAACUAAAUUUUUCUGUCACUCAAAAGAUUUUAUUUAAACCUAAGGAAGAUGCAUUCACACAUUUGCCUUCAAUUGUACUUCAUUGAAAUCCAAGUUAGUUACUAGUAUAAAAUAUUGUUUAUCAUAGGACCCUAUUGAAAAUUUCCAAAAAGUUUUUGGAAAUUUCACAUUAUAUACUCUCUGUUGUAAGAUGAUGUGCCUUCGUGAAAUGUAUUGUAUCUAAAGUUAGAAAAGGUUUUCCCUAUGUGAAACAUUGGACAGCAACUUGAUUAAAAAGUUUAAAUUUAUAAUUUUGGUUCAGUCCUGUAAAUGAUAACUUAUCAUGAAAUAGAAUAUAAAAUAGAACUGAAUGACAUGUUGUUAGAAAUAAUUUUAGAUGCAGAUUUAUCCUCAUCAUUAUUGCCAAAUGACUUUUCUUCUAAAAAUGUCUUAUUCUGAUUCUUGUGUGAAAUUCCAGCAUUUGAUUCAAUGUGAAAUAAGUUGUUGAUGGCAGCUAAGGUGAUGGGGAGGCAGACUUCAGGCACAAUGCAGUUUUAGGAAAGUGUAUACUUAGUGACUGAAAAGCUGUUAAUGAAAAAUUUAAAAAAAAUAAUUUAUAUAGUUCUUUUGAAUUUAUUUAUUCAUUAAACCAUAUAGCAAUUAUGUUAAUAUAGUGUUCAAAUGAUUUUUACUUGUACAGAAAGUGUUAUUAAUGACACACGUUUGAAAGUUUAUUUUUGUAUGUCAAAUAAUAUAUCCUACACUUUGUUACAAUUCUGUGUUAUCUUUUACAUAAUAAACAUCUGUUGAG